UGAGUUGUUGCAGUUAAUUCAUGAAUGCGUCACCUAACACCCCAAUCCUAUCCCCGUCUCCCACUUUCCAUAUAACCUUAUACGACCGACCCGACUGCUCCCCUAAAUGAUACAUCUACCCUAAACGGCAAAACUCCGGGCGCCUUCCAUCAAUUACCAUCUUCUAAUGGCAAACUCCACUUCCCUCAAGUCCGACGCCGUGUUGGAGCAGAUGAAGCUCCACCUUGCCACCGACGCCGGUAAACAACUCACCAAGAAGAUCGGCCUUGUCUAUCAGAUCAACAUCGCCCCUAAGAAAAUUGGAUUCAACGAGGAAAUAUACAUUGUUGAUCUCAAGAAAGGGGAAGUUACCAAAGGGCCGUACGAAGGAGGGAAGCCUGAUGCCACCUUUUCUUUCAAGGAUGAAGAUUUUGUUAAGGUUGCCACUGGGAAGAUGAAUCCCCAAAUUGCUUUUUUGAGGGGCGCAAUGAAGAUAAAGGGCAGUUUGAGUGCGGCACAGAAAUUCACUCCUGAUAUCUUUCCAAAGCCUUCAAAGAUGUGAGAGCAGACAUGUUGGGAGAGGCUGGCUUAAUUGAAAUCUCUGUUGCUUUGUUAUGCUUCUAGAAUACUCAUUUUAGGCUUAAAUUUUCAUACUUGUCUUAGGAAACUAAAGCCUCCAUUUGUAUAAUUAUAUCCUUAAUCUUAUCAACAUUCAUAAAGACCUCCUCCAUUUUUCUGUGUUAUGCAUAUGGCAGCCGACUUUUGUAUUAAUUUUACAAGUUGGUUGGAUAAAAUUGAAAAUCUAAAUUUA